AUGAAAGACGGAUUCCUACACCUGCCAGUCGACCCGCGCGAGGCGGACCUUCUGGGGUUUCAGUCACCCAUCAAUGUCAAGUAUUACCGUUACCAAUUCGUCCCGUUCGGCCUCGCAACAGCGCCCUGGCUGUUUUGUCACCUAAUGGAGUACGUCAAGACAAGACUGAGCGAACGAGGCGUACACGCCGUGCUGGUGUACGUCGACGACUGGUACUUCGUUGGACAGACACACGAAGACGUGCAACACGCGUUGGACGUUGCGAGAGAGGUGUUCGCUGUCAUGGGCUUAGAAGAGAGCGUGGAGAAGGCCGAAGAGCCCACCACGAAGACCGACUUCGUCGGCCUCGUUAUAGACACCAGACAACGCACCAUCUCGAUGAAGGAGAGCAAGAGAGACAAGCUUCUUGCGGACAUAGAUCAGCUGCUGGACAAUCGCCGACAGGAGACUCACAAGCUGCAGCACGUACUGGCCACGGUCGGCAAGCUAACGCACUACGCCUUCCUACACCCGGCGGGACGGCACAAGUUGCGGCGGGCAUGGGACAUACAAGCAGCACUGGUGCAAGAACACUGCGUCUCGGCCACUCAAGGCAGCCGCAAAGACCAGCCAAGCGUACAGAUCUCGAGAGAAGAUCAAGUGUGGGGAGACAUGAGGUGGUGGAGACAACUCAUCAACAGAGGCCCAAGCAGACCACUCCACGUGGGGCACGACGGUCAUUUCUUCCUGUGGGAACCAACGUCACACCUCACGAGUGCCCUACAAGCGGACGUCCUCUCCCUGGACCCGCAACGGGCAGCAGCGACAGCCGAACAAGGCCUGGUCGUGUUGUUUACCGACGCCUCGGAUCGCGGAUGGUCAGGCACCGUGGGCAGCCGCAAAUGGCAGGGCGCGUGGUCAACGUCUUCGCACGAGGACCUCCCGUCCAUCAACUUCCGAGAACUGCUGGCCGUCCUUUUCUCCAUUCAGCGGUUGGUUAAGACGCUGAACAAAGGCGCUCGACUGUUGGUUCGAUCGGACAGCGUGUCGACAGUGGGCUGGAUCAACGACAAGGAGGAAAGCUCUCCGGCGGUGCAGCGCGUACUGGCACGCAUCUUCGCCCUCCUGGAGGCAGUCAACGGAGAGAUAGUGGCGGUCCACAUACCCGGAAAAGACAACACCGUAGCGGACGAACUCUCCCGCUUCUCACUCUUUGCCGACUCACGAGGGACACGUCUCUCAGCACCCUCUGUGGAGACGCUCGCCACUGCGGUGCGACUGCCGCGCAAGGACCUCGAGUUCCUCCCUCAACUGCAGCUCCAACAGGCAUGGCCCCAUCCGGCGGAGACCGAGGGAUCAGCCGUCAUCCUCGCCCUCACACCAGAGGACGUCAAGGCCGCAGGCGCAUGGAUGCGACACGCACUUCUGUUCAGCAAAAAGCCACACCUCGCGGUCGUACCAAGCUCACUGUCCACGUUCCUUACGGAAGAGCCCGGGCAUGCAUGUGAGUUCAAGUUCACGUGGCCGGCCGGCAAAGCCUUCUUCGACGUCAUAGCUUCAACGCCAGACUGCGAGGCAACAGAGAAUUGGAGGGAGGCGACUCCAACACAAGUCGCCCUGGACGUAUUCUUACAAACAUAA